AUGUCAAAUUUAUUUGAGCAGUAUAAUGAGGAGGUGGGGAAAGCUCCUCAAACAAGAGAUUUCAAGAGAAAAGAUGUCCCAGAACCGAUUGCAGCUGGUUACAUUAACGCCAGAACUGAAGACGACACGCCAAUUUUCAACAAACAAAGAAUUAAUUUCACACCACCGUCACAGGUCACCCAUUUGGUGGUCAAUAAUAAUAUGUUGGUCAUAGCAAUGGCUAAAAACAUUAUAUUGAGGAUUGAUUUGGAACGUCCUGAAAAUCCAGAUGAGGUGGAAGUAAGUCGUAAUACGGAAGAUAGCAUUCACCAAUUAUUCCUAGAUCAUAAUGGCCGACAUUUGAUCAUUAGCAUGGAGUCACAGGACGUGUUGUAUCUUUCCAGAAGUUCCAAAAAACCCAGACAGCUGACAAAGAUGAAGGGCUUAGUCAUAGAUUCUGUUGCUUGGAAUAAAGCAUCUGGUAGCGAUAAUACCACUGGCGAGAUACUCUUGGGAAGCAGUAAAGGUGGUAUAUUUGAGACAGAAAUCUUAUCAGGAGAGGACAGUCGAUUUUUUCAAGGCAGUUUAGAACAGUACUGGAAACAGCUUUACAAUUUAGGAAAAGAUGGUGCUGUCCCUGUUACAGGGUUAGAAGUGGAAAGAGUACCCGCUAAAUCACAGACAGAAAGAAAAUAUUUUAUCAUGGCAACCACUCCAGGGAGGCUGUAUCAGUUUAUUGGCAUUAUACCAACAUCAGCGGAAGCUCCAGUCUUUUCAUAUGUCUUUCAGAAUUAUGAGGAUAAUCCAGCUAGCUUUUUGGAACUGCCUGGUAACUUUGGAUACAGUGAGUUAAAAUUGUACUCUUUGAAACAUCGGGCGUCACCGCAGAGCUUUGCGUGGAUGACAGGACCCGGUGUGUAUUAUGGUAACAUGGAUUACAGCGGUCAAACAAGAGAGAACGUCACAUCAGAAAGUCGGCUGUUACAAUAUCCACUAGAGGAAGGAGAAAAAUUCAUACCGCCUAAAUCUAUGGUUGUUACUGAGUUCCAUAUACUACUGUUAUUCCCAGAUAGGUUGAAAGCAAUGUGCGUUCUAAAUGAGCAGCUAAUAUAUGAGGACAUCUACUCAAAAGAUUCAGUAAAAGGAACAAUUUGGGCGUAUACCGACCAAUCGGUAUUCAAGUAUAAAGUGGUGCGAGAGGCAAGAGAUGUUUGGCAGAUGUAUUUGGACAAAGGAGACUUUGAGAGGGCAAAGGAGUAUUCCAAAGAAAACCCAGCUAACAUGGAUAAAGUGCUGACUAAGCAAGCUGAACAUUUUUUUCGAGAGAAAAGUUAUGAAAAAAGCGCAGUGUUUUAUGCAUUGACUGAAAGAUCUUUUGAAGAAGUGGCGCUGAAGUUUAUCCAAGUUGAUCGUAAAGAUGCUUUGAAAACCUUUCUUUUAAAGAAACUCAAUGGGCUGCAUAAUCACGAAAAGACCCAGAUGACAAUGAUUACUACCUGGUUAAUAGAACUAUAUUUAAAUCAACUUGGAACUUACAAAGACCAAGGUGACUCCAAUAGUUACCUCAUCUUGCAAGAAGAGUUCCAAAAAUUUCUGGCUCAUUCAAGAGUGAUCGAUUGUCUGAAGCACCACACAGCUACUGCUUAUGAUUUAAUAGCAAGCCAUGGUGAUGUUGAGGAUUUAGUUUUUUUUGCUGUUCUCAUGGAAGAUUUUGAGAGAGUUAUCAGUCACCACAUACAGCAUGAUGAUUACAUUUCUGCACUAGACGUGUUAAAAGACCAAACUCAGAUGGAACUGUAUUAUAAAUUUUCACCGAUAUUAAUGCAGCAUAUUCCGAGGGAGACUGUAGACGCAUGGAUCAGUCAGGGACGGAGAUUGGCACCAAAAAGACUCAUACCAGCGCUUGUACAUUACGAUGAAAAUAGAGAUACAAAUAAAAUCCAUGAAGCAAUUAGAUAUUUAGAAUUCUGUGUGCAUACACUUAGCAUUGAGGAUGAAGCUAUACAUAACUAUCUGCUUUCACUGUAUGCGAAAUACCAAAAAGAUCAACUCAUGAAAUAUCUUAUGUUUCAAGGCAAUAAUCCAGAUAUGGUACAUUAUGAUUUGAAAUAUGCUCUGAGACUAUGUUCAGAACAUACUAUUGAGAGGGCAUGUGUUCAUAUAUAUACAACUAUGGGUCUGUAUGAGGAAGCUGUUGACCUCGCUCUGAAGGUUGAUGUAGACUUGGCCAAAUUGAAUGCUGACAGACCAGAGGAUGAUGAAGAAUUGAGAAAAAAGUUGUGGCUACGAAUAGCUCGUCAUGUUGUCGAAGAGGAAAAAGACAUCAAACGAGCAAUGGAGUUCCUACAUGAGUGUGAUUUGUUGAAAAUUGAAGACAUUUUGCCAUUUUUUCCUGAUUUUGUAACUAUAGAUCAUUUCAAAGAUGCCAUUUGCACAUCGCUAGAGGAAUACAACGAACAUAUCGAAGCAUUGAAAGAGGAAAUGAAUGAGGCAACAGAUAGCGCUAAGGCCAUCAGAUCGGAUAUACAAGAAAUGAGGAACAAGUUUGGCGUGGUCACUGCUCAGCAAAAGUGUUCAGCAUGUACAUUUCCGUUACUUACCAGAGGGUUUUAUCUGUAUCCAUGCCAACACAUGUUCCAUGCCGACUGCCUCAUUGCAGAAGUAAUGCCUAACUUGUCGGCAUCAAAGCGACACAAAGUUGAGGAGCUACAAAGAAAGUUAGCAUCAGGUCAAUACACAUAUAACACAGACUCUCCAGCCAAGCCAACUUCAGCUGUGGCUCACUCUGAUGUACUGACAAAACAAGAUCAGAAAAAUCAAGUUAAAUUGGAACUUGACGACAUAAUUGCAGCCGAGUGUGUAUAUUGUGGAGAAAUGAUGAUCAGGUCCAUUGACAGGCCAUUUCUGGAUUCUGAUGAAUACAGUGAAGGUCUCAGUGCCGCUGCCCAAUAA